AUACCUUCUGUCAUCGGGAGCCGAGCCUUUGUGCCUGUCACAAAUGUCUAACAGACAGUGAUCCUUGGUUUAACUACAUCAUCAGUGAAGCUCCUAAACCCUUUAUGUCACAGAAACAUAAACCCUCAGAGGAAGAUUUCAACUGGUGGAAGAACUUACAGGGGGCAAGACAUCAAAACUUGACUUUCUACAAUAAAACUCUAGAAAGGCUAUUUCAGACAAUAACACCAAUUGCAGAUGUUGGAGAACCUCACCCUGAUCACUGCAGGAGUUGUGCUGUGGUGGGGAAUUCUGGAAAUUUGAGAGGAUCACAUUAUGGACCUCUAAUUGAUUUCCAUAAUAUCGUAAUAAGAAUCAAUCGGGGGCAUACCAAAGGUUAUGAAACAGAUGUUGGAACCAAAACAACUCAUCGUGUCAUGUAUCCAGAGAGUGCUACUAGAUUGGACAACACCACUCAUCUUUUGUUUUUUCCCUUCAAAACACAUGACUUUUUGUGGCUUCUGAAGGCCUUAAAUCCAGGGGAGAAUGAUGCACCAAACUUAAAGAAGAUAGCUAACAAGGAUUUGAUGAUGAUCCUCCAUCCGGCUUUCAUGAAGUAUGUUCAUCAAGUCUGGCUGGGAAGGAAAGGAUAUUAUCCGUCCACUGGCUUUCUUGCUGUGGUUCUCAGCCUACUGAUGUGUGAUGAGGUCAGUGUCUUUGGAUUUGGAGCAGACAGCGAGGGAAACUGGAGCCAUUACUUUGAAAUCCUCAGAAACAAAAAAUUAAAAACAGGAGUCCGAACUGCUUAG